GAUUUCCGGGAACAAUCGAUAAAGUUACCAGAAGCAUAAGGCGCCUAUUUGUGCGCCCAGGAAGAACGAACGCGCAGAGAUCGACUCGGGUCUGAGGGCAAACAUGUCUUCGUUUACCGACGCGUUCGGUCAGGACGGCGACGAACCACGACCAGUCUCUUCCACUCGCCCAUUCGACGAUGAUGGCUACAUAGGCUAUGACCCUCGUCUCCCUUCUCAGCGUUUCGACGCGUUUUCAAAUUUCGCUGACAACGAGUCCGUCAAGGAAUCGGUCGAUGACUCGUCGCCAAUCUUCAACAAUCCUUCUUAUGGCGCCGGCGACGAUGUAUUUACUUCACAGCCGAUCCCUGAAACUCCAUCUCCGAUCUACGGCACAGGAGGUGGAUUCUCGGCUUUCUCACCCGAGUCUAACGGAAAGGCUUUUGAUGACGGGUUUGCUCCUUCGGAUGGGCCGAUCCUGCCCCCUCACACGGAGAUGCAGCCGGAGGAGGGAUUUGCGCUUAGAGAGUGGAAAAGGCAGAAUGCAAUUAGACUGGAGGAGAAGGAGAAAAGGGAGAAAGAACUUUUGAACCAAAUAAUUGAUGAGGCGGAUGAAUACAAAAUUGAGUUCUACAGGAGGAGAGUGAUUAAUGUCGAGACAAACAAAACCACUAAUAGGGAAAAGGAGAAGCUAUUUCUGGCCAGUCAGGAAAAGUUCCAUGCUGAAGCAGACAAGCACUACUGGAAGGCUAUUGCAGAGCUCAUCCCACAUGAAGUACCGGCUAUAGAGAAGAAGAGGGGGAAGAAGGAUCAGGAGAAGAAACCUUCUAUCGUUGUGAUUCAAGGGCCAAAGCCUGGUAAACCGACUGAUCUCUCAAGGAUGCGCCAGAUACUUGUGAAGCUCAAGCACAACCCGCCUCCUCACAUGAAGCCUUCUCCACCUCCGGCGCCAGGACCUGCCAAAGAUGCUAAGACCGGUACUGCUGCACCCCCUAAGGCUGCAACUGUGACCACUGCCCCAGAGGCUGUGGCUUCUGCUUGAUACUGAACUUUCCGGGUCUUAAACAAUGUCCUUUGUAUGUUGAAAAUUACCAGGCUGUAAGUCAGUACCCUCUAAGAGUCUCGAGCUUGUGUAUUUGGUUUAUGUACCUCAUUUCUUAGUAUGCUAGCGCUGGUGUAGCCGCAGAUGUCUACUUGGAACAUAGUGUAGAAAAGUAGGUGGGUCUAUUGUUAUUUUUUUUUUGUUUAAUGGGAUUUUGGUUCUAUGCAAGUAUGCAUGUUGUUUUGUUCCAUUCAUUUGUUUUCUUGUUGGUAAUCAGUUAAUCACUGGCCACCGCAACUUCGCGAGUA